UCGCGCUAAAAAAGAUAAGAAAAGAAAAACCACACUGCGAACACAUUAGCUCUACAUUUCCUCAGAUCUCUCUCUCGGUUCCAAAGCGCGGCUGAAUCGGACUGAGAAUUCGCCGGCGAGAUGUCUACUUCGUCGCCUCCGGCGCCGGCGCCGACCUCUCCACCGGCCACUCCAUCCCCACCUUCCGCUCCUUCUCCAUCCAACAACUCCACCUCCCCACCCCCUUCCUCUCCUCCUCCGGCACCACCGUCUCCUCCGACUCCGAUUCCAUCUCCUCCACCGUCCUCUUCACCACCAUCCCCCUCCCCUCCCUCCCCUCCUUCUUCUCCUUCUCCGUCUUCCCCAUCCACUCCGUCGCCGCCAUCGUCUCCUCCUCCGUCUUCCCCAUCCACGCCGUCGCCACCAUCGUCUCCUUCUCCGUCUUCCCCAUCGACGCCGUCGCCUCCAUCGUCGCCUUCCCCGCCGCCUCCUUCGACAGGUAGAUCUCCACCGGUGCCCCCAUCUCCGCCUUCGGCGAAGACCCCCCCUUCUUCGGUGAAGACCCCACCGCCUCCGUCGCCUUCACAGUCGAGUUCGAGCUCCAUCUCGACACCUAUGGUUGUGGGGAUCGCAAUCGCAGGGGUGGUUCUCCUCGCGGCACUGACUGUGCUCUACUUCUGCUGCUGCAGAAACAGGAAGAAGCGACCGCCGCUUCCUCCUCCUGUUUACUAUGGCGGACAUCCGCCACAGCAGCCGCCGGCGGCGGCGGUUAAAGAUGACUUCUAUGGAGGGCAGGUUCACAAUUGGCAACAUAAUGCUCCACCUGCAGAUCAUGUCGUGAAAAUACCUUCAGAUCCUUCUCCUCCUCCCCCAUUUCCCUCGCGUCCUCCAAAUUCGCCUUUCCUUCCUCCACCACCUCCACCUCCACCUAUGAUGAGCAGCAGUGGAGGCUCCGGUUCAAAUUACUCUGGGUCUGAUAAUCCACUACCUCCUCCAUCACCUGGUACGGCUCUGGGUUUUCCUAAAGGCACAUUCACAUUUGAUGAAUUGGUGAGAGCAACAGAUGGGUUCUCUGAAGCUAAUCUCCUUGGGCAAGGUGGUUUUGGCUAUGUACACAAAGGCAUUUUGCCUAAUGGCAAAGAAAUUGCAAUUAAACAGCUGAAGACUGGUAGUGUACAGGGAGAUCGCGAGUUCCAAGCAGAGGUUAGAAUUAUCAGUCGCGUGCAUCACAAGAAUUUGGUCACGUUGGUUGGUCACUGUGAUUCAGACGGACAAAGGCUUCUUGUUUAUGAAUUUGUUCCUAAUCGUACACUGGAGUUCCAUUUGCAUGUUUGUUCAGGGAAAGAUCAACCAACUAUGGACUGGCCCACCAGAUUAAAAAUUGCUUUGGGAUCUGCGAGGGGGUUGGCUUAUCUCCAUGAGGACUGCCAUCCUAAGAUCAUCCAUCGUGAUAUUAAGGCAGCGAAUAUUCUCCUUGAAUACAACUUUGAAGCUAAGGUAGCUGAUUUUGGGCUUGCAAGAUUGACAUCUGAUAACAACACCCACAUUUCUACUAGGGUCAUGGGAACUUUUGGAUACCUGGCACCAGAAUAUGCAUCUUCAGGAAAACUGACUGAUAAAUCUGAUGUCUUCUCUUUUGGAGUCAUGCUUCUUGAACUAAUUACUGGAAGGAGACCUGUUGAUUCAACUUAUUCUUUCAUGGAUGAUAGUUUGGUUGACUGGGCAAGGCCUUUGAUGACUCGCGCUAUCGAGGAUGGUGACUGUACUCCUCUAAUUGAUCCAAAAUUAGGUGACAAGUAUAACUAUGUAGAGGUGGCACGAAUGGUUGCUUGUGCUGCUGCUUGUGUGCGCCACUCAGCAAAGCGUCGACCACGAAUGGGGAUGGUUGUUAGAACAUUGGAGGGGGAUGCAUCUCUGACAGAUCUCAAUGAUGGUGUCACCCCUGGUCACAGCUCAGUCUAUGGUAGCUCUGAUUAUGAUACUAGCCAGUAUAACGAAGACAUGAAGAAGUUCAGAAAGGUGCUGGAUAGCCGAGAUUAUUCCACUAGUGAGUACAGUGCUCCGACCAGCGAAUACGGUCAGAAUCCUUCAGUCUCCAGCAGUGAAGGCCAGCAAACACAGGAGAUGGAUAUGAACAAGUUUAAGAAAGAUAGCUGAGGUUUCAACAGUGGUCUAUGAUUUCUCUUGUGAUCAACUGUGAAAUGUGCCAUUCAAUGCUGAUAUAUUAUCUAUUAUCUGCAACAAGUCCAAGCACCUCUCUGUGUGGAAAGCGUUGGAUGAUAACAAUAGAAGGCUCACAAUUCACCUAUAUACAUGCAUUAUCAUCAUCAUCGAUUCAUCAUCGUUAUUAUUAUUAUUAGUAUUUUUUAUUUUUUUGGGUCUUGGUAAGUUGAGUUGGCUUACAAUUCUUUUCAAGAAUUAUUCUUCUGAGUUUUGGCUGUAAAUAAAUUUCAUUUGGCGAUUUAAAGAUGUAUUUCAUGAAAGGCAUUGAUUGACACAUGAAAGUUCUAAUUCUGAGUGAAGCUUAUGUGCAGUGGAAUCUGCUGGUACUUACAUUUA